AUGCGCCGCCGAAACUUUGCCGCCGGCGCCGCAGACGUGCUCGUUAUUAAAGUGUGGCGGCGCCGGGAGGCAGCAUCCUGCCGGAGUACUGCCGGGGGAGGUGGAGUUCGCUUCCAGUUUCACCUCACCCACAGGGACAAAAUGUUCACAGGUGUGCAGCCGGAAGGUGAUAGGUGGUCGCAGGGUCUGGUGUUUCACCAGGCGCUAGUGGACUGCGCGCGCGCCGCCAUCCUGCUGCCGCUGGCCGUCAGCAUCCUGCGCUGCCAGCCGGUGCACAAGUGCUCCCUCGUCGAGACGGCCUUCCUGCUGCUCGUCACCGUCUCCACCGUCAACAUGCUCACCACCGUGCUCAACGACUCCCCUGUCUUUCCGCAGGAUGACGAGACGGAGGAGCAGAGCCCGCUGCUGAUGGACUCGCCGCAGUGCGUGCUGUUCGGCACGUUCAUGAUCUGGUUCGCGUCGAUCACGAUCAACCUGGGCCCCACGUUCCUGAGCGGCGCGCUGGCCGCCAGCGCCGAGGUGAGCCACAACGCGCCCAGCUGUCCUCUGGUGCACGGGCCCUUCCGCCACUACGUGCUCAACGUGCUGUGGAUCGCCGUCAACGUCGUCUGCGUCCUGCUCACGCUCUUCCACCUGCACAAGCUGCACCGCGACCUCACCAAGGCCAACGUGCAGGCUGUGAGGGUGGCGGGCCUGGUGACGACGCUGGUGAGCGUGACCGGGGGCAGUGGCGGCGGAGCCACCGCGGCGGCGACGGGCCUGCCGGGGGCGGUGGGGGCGGGUGCCAUGUCCCGCGGCCUGCCUCCGGGGGCGGCGGCCGGCGAGAAGCUCGGGGGCGGCGCGCUGGCCGAGAGCCGGCGCAUGCGCAACUACCUGCAGCGCGUGGAGCGCGAGGGCGUGCAGCGCGUCAAGAUGUUCCUCGUCAUCACGGCCGCCUACGUCGUCUUCUGGGGGCCGCUCUUCCUCGUCACGCUCGUCCACCGGCCCGCGCUCGGCUCGCAGCUCGGCUACGAGAUCACGCUGCACGUGGCCUACGUGCACGCCUUCGUGCAGCCGACGCUGUUCCUCGUGCUGCACCACGGCCUCCGCCAGGCGGCCCUCGAGUCGUGCUGCCGCCCACGAACAGUUAGACUGAGCAACGCAUCCUUCUACUUAAAUAAUGCUGGGCUUGAGACGGAUAACCACAGAAUAUCGGAGCAAAUGCGGACCAGGGGUUGUCCUACGACGCCGGUGCCGUUAGUAAUUCUCACUGUGAGGAAUCAGCACGAGACGUGCACAGCAAUGCUGCCGUGCCUGGGGCUCUGUGAUACAGGGCGAGGGCUGUGCUCCCGCCAACACGACUCUGGACGCCGACUGGCCACUCACAAGAACCCGGAUAAGUGCCAGCGUCCCUUUGAUAAAGUUCCUCACGUCGCCUUUGCUCGGCUGCAGGGCUGCCUCAUAAACGCGCAGCAGCUCCAGCCCCCGGGGCUCGCCCGUGGAGGCGACAUUCAGGGAGACAGCACCUGCGGCUGCCUGCCUGGGGACGACCACCUGAUGCUGGUGGACGCGUGGCCAGCGGCGCCGCCCCCGCAGCCACCCCCGCAGCCGGGGUUGCCCCCGGGGCUGUCGGCCCCCCUGCUGCCGGGCGCGGCGCCCCCGCCGCCUCCGCCCCACACGGCGCUGGACGAGGACGCCGCGCCGCUGCCGCCGCCCACGCUGCCGGUCAACGGACUGCUGCGCGGCUCGCCCGCCAGCUCGGGCAGCGAGUGA